AUGAAGCCCACAAUGCAGGAAGAGGUUGAGGAUGAUCUUGCCGCCGAGGAGGAGAACAAGCUCAUCAACGAGGAAUACAAAACAUGGAAGAAAAAUGCGCCCUACUUGUACGACGUCGUAAUCACGCAUGCAUUGGACUGGCCGAGUUUGACUUGCCAAUGGUUCCCAGACAAAGAAUCACCUUCAAACAAGCCGUACACAGUGCAUAGGCUUCUUCUCGGCACCCACACCUCAGGACAGGCGCAAGACUACCUCCAGAUCGCCACAGUGCAACUCCCAAAGCGCGACGACAGCAGUUCUGCAGACAGGCUUGACCGCUCAAACUAUGACGACGAACGCGGCGAGCUGGGUGGCCACACUAUUCCGCCACAACCCCGCAUCCAGAUUACUCAGCGCAUUAAUCACCAGGGCGAAGUCAACCGUGCGAGGUAUAUGCCGCAGAACCCCGACCUGAUCGCGACGAAGGCGGUGUCCGGAGAGGUGCUUGUGUUCGACCGCACCAAGCACUCUAGUGAGCCGGAGCGCGGGGGAGUUUGCAAGCCGGACAUUCGUUUGGUUGGGCAGCACAAAGAAGGCUUCGGGCUUGCCUGGAAUCCAGUCAAGACGGGCCAUAUUCUCGGUGCAUCCGAAGAUAUGACGGUAUGUCACUGGGAUGUGAAUUCUUACGCCAAGACAAAUUCGACUCUAGAACCGACGAAUGUUUUCCGAGGGCAUGCGUCCGUUGUUGGUGAUGUAGACUGGCAUGCAAAACAAGAGAACGUCUUUGCAAGUGUGGGAGAUGACAGGAUGCUCAUGAUCUGGGACACUCGAGCAACAUCUGAGCCGUCAACGAAGAUUCAAGCUCAUGACCGCGAAAUCCUAGCGGUCGCCUUCAGUCCUGCAGUUGACCACUUGUGCAUCACUGGCAGUGCAGACAGAACCAUUAUCUUGCAUGACCUGCGUUCGCCUGCGAAACGCCUUCACACUUUCGAGUCACAUCUAGACGAGGUCUUACAUGUCGCUUGGUCACCACACAACCCCACGAUUUUCGCCUCGGCCUCCAGCGACAGAAGAAUCAACGUCUGGGACCUCUCGUUGAUCGGCGUUGAGCAGACACCAGACGACCAGGAGGAUGGUCCGCCUGAGUUGCUGUUUGUGCACGGAGGACAUACGUCGCGCCCGACGGACUUCUGCUGGGCUCCAGGAGAGUCAGAAGCUUGGACUGCUGCCAGUACUUCGGAGGACAACGUCGUCAUGAUCUGGCAGCCUACUAUGCAUGUCUGGGCUGGCGACGAGAUCAAGAUCGAGGAAAGGGAGCUCGAGAGCGAGCCUAUGGAGGGAAUCGAAAGUAGCUCCGCAGUCGCUGAAGCCUCAGGGAGCGGCGGCGCCGCGCGUAGCGGGAGCAGCAAUGUCGACAGCGCGAAGUGA